AUGACUGAAACCUAUCUGAAGGAAGCGGUGGUGACGCCGGUGUCUGAGGACGGAUCGGGUCCGGGGGUGUCGUACGGGGCGUCUUCAGUGCAGGGAUGGCGCAGCACUCAAGAGGACGCACACAUCUGUUUGCCAUCAUUUGACAAAAACGGUAGCCUUUGGGCGGUCUUUGAUGGCCAUAACGGCGCCGAAGUGGCCGUCUUUGCCUCCAAACGGUUCCCAAAACUGUUGAAAGAGAAUAAGAACUACAAGAAUCGCAACUAUGAAACCGCACUGAAAGAGACUUUUAUGGCUUUAGACGAUCUGCUAAUGAAUCCGCAAUCGAUCCGAGAAUUAGUGGCCAUAAGACAGUCGUAUUCAAAAGUGCCGAUAACUAAGUCGACGGCUCCGGGCAUUGCCAGCGGCUGUACGGCGACUGUGGUGUUAGUGAAGGACGGGUUCUUGUAUUGUGCCAAUUGUGGUGAUUCGCGGAGUAUUCUGUCGCGCAAUGGGAAGGCAUACCCGCUGUCCGCCGACCACAAGCCCGACGACGACAACGAGAAGCGCCGCAUAGAGACCGCCGGCGGAGAAGUGACGUCCGGACGAAUCAAUUACGGGAUUAACGUUUCGCGUGCUUUUGGCGACCAUUUGUAUAAACGCAACACAACUCUAGCGAAGGAUCAACAGAUGGUUAUCGCUGUUCCCGACGUGAAGAAAGAGAAGUUACGAUCCGUUGAUAACCUAUUGGGCUCAACUUUAGAAAGUGGGGGUCAAAACUAG